CAUACUAUGACGGUUGGCCGAAGGAUGCGCGCCGAUAACCAGUGAAUAUAUAACUCUUCCAUCAAAGUGAAAAAAUAAAAAUUCCUGAAAAAUUCGCGUACGGUUUAGUGAUGCAGUGUUAAAUUAAAGAAACUUUUUGACUUUUAAAAAGAACUGUUUUCAUAGUUAAAGUAGUUUGGAUGCUCUACACACAAGGAACCCCGCCGACAUCAUCAUUACUCUUCACCACAUUAUCCUCAUCAUCUUCAUCAACAUCACCACCAUCACCAUCUAAUAAACAUAUGCCAGCUGGACACCUGGAGGACACAGAUUACGUGGUGGUGAAGACGAGAUCGGGUACGCCAGACGGCGGUAGAGCGCCCUCUGGCGGUGGCGGUGGUUUUUGGAUGCCCGGAACCACCGCCGCCGCCUCUGGGUUAUCCAUAGACGGAUGCAAUGAAACGGGCUUCAUCAACAGUCAGCCAUCUAUGGCGGAAUUUAUGACCGCGUUACCGCAUCUUUCUGGGGAGAUGCCCGGGGCUCAUGGACCCCCCAUGAGUCCCCAGCAUACUCCACCGGGUAGUGCCGGCGCACCUAAUUAUCCAAUGGACGUACCUCAUGGACUCGGUUCACCAGGAGUCAACGUGCCGGAAUAUCCAUGGAUGAAGGAGAAGAAAACAACAAGAAAAAGCAGCCAACAAGAAAACGGUCUUCCAAGAAGACUUCGAACAGCUUACACCAACACCCAACUUUUAGAACUUGAAAAGGAAUUCCAUUUUAAUAAAUACUUAUGCAGACCAAGAAGAAUUGAAAUUGCAGCAUCUUUAGAUUUAACGGAGAGACAAGUUAAAGUAUGGUUUCAAAAUCGUCGGAUGAAACAUAAAAGACAAACCUUAGGAAAACAGGGUGAUGAUGGCGACGACAAAGACUCAGUAAAUAGCGAUGGUGGUAAAAGUACAAAAAUGUCUGAUAAAUUUCUGGAUGAUGAGAUGUCCAAGAAAAGUUGUCAGGGUUGUGAAUUACCAUCCGUGGCUCUUUGCGGUUCUCACGAGGAUGUCCCCGAUAUCGGUGCUUCGCGAGGAAACAACAAUAACACACCGAGUGCAACAAAUAACAAUACUAGCUUUAAUAAUAAUAGUAACGGGGCGAGUAGUGUGGCAAGUUCCGGUUCUUUCGAUAAGAUUUUAACGGAAGAAGAUUCGCGUUCGAACGAAGAUAACGGAGGAGGCGCAAUACGAAAGAAAGGGGGAACGAAAAGUGAGAAUAGAAGAAACAGUCCGUCGUCGGGUGAGAGAAAAAUCGGAAUUAGUAAAAUGUCACCGAAAGAACAAAUUCUGUUAAAUAAUUCAACAUCCGACGCGGUUUUAACCUCAACAACAAAGAAAAAUUUAACAACCGUUCCAAUGCACACAAGUCCUUCUUUAGCGAUGAACCCAGGAAUGGUUUAUCCGCAAAUACAAAGAUCUUCACCGACGACGGCAACCGCAGUUGCUUCUGCAACUGUAACGAUUCAAAAUGUUCCAAAUUUUGCAAUAAGAGGAGCGGGAUUUCAAUAUCCAAUGAGUGGUGGACAAAUUGAUUAUCGAACAGAACGGCAAAAACAAUCUUAUAUUCAUUCGCAAUCCGGUUAUACAUCAGAAAAUAUGUACAAUCCUGAUCAUCCGACGAUAAAUGAUAACCAACAACCAUAUUUUAAAAAUAAUCAGCUUCAAAGCCAAUCGAGACGGAAUGAAAUCAGUCGAAAUCGACAACAAACGAGUUAUCCGAAUUAUCCGAAUCAGCACUAUGCGAAUUAUUACAAAAACGAUUACCAUCAAAUGAAUCAAUAUCCUCAAGAAUACGAUCACACGAACUAUAAUUACAGUCAAUAUCCGGCUUCUAUGUACACGAAUGAAGAAAACAUACAUCAUCUUGCCAACCCGAUUCAUGAAAAUAAUUAUUAUCAAAAUGAAAAUCAAUUACAUCAAAUGCACGGGAAAGUGCAAAACGCUGAUUAUCAAAAUAAGUAUUACGAGAAUAAUUAUAAUUCGGCGCCAACGACAGCUGCAACAACAACAAAUACAGAAGCUUACAUGAGUUCUGAUAUAGGUUAUCCAAAUCCUGGGGGAAUUAUGACACCACCGACUAGCGUUCAAACAGAUACAAGCGAAAAUUAUCCGUAUCAUCAAUUUUAUCAAGGUGAAAAUCAAACGGUUGUGGCACCAACGGGCGAAAACAGUAACAGUUCUUCGGAUUUUAAUUUUUUAAGUAACUUAGCAAAUGAUUACACCCCCGAAUAUUAUCAAAUUUGAUCCAAUUACGAUGAUACAUUGUUAAUUUAAAAAUUGUAUAUAAAAACUGUAUAUUUAAAAAAGAAAAAAUUAGACAAUCCGUUAUUUCAGUACUUUUACAAUCAAUAAUAGAGAUGUUAUGAUGAGGUAUGCAAAAUACCUACAUUUCUAACAUUUCUAAUCAAAAGCUUCAAAUUAAAGGUGAAAAAAUAAGGAAUAAAAUAAAAUCGGUGAAUCAAAUAUAAAUAAAAAUGUAAUUUUUUUCGCUUAUCUUUACAAUUUAGCGUAAUUUGUAAAAUAAAAACAUCGGGAAUUAAUAAAAUAAUUAUUAUUUUGUACAUACCGUUUUUAAAAUCAACUGUAAUUAUUAUCUUAACUGUAUAUAAACUACAUAGAUGAAAAAAAAAGCGUGAAUGGAAAGAAUGUACACACUCGAAAAUUCGACUUAAAAAUAGCAUUUCAUCUAAAAAUAAAUAAAUAUACGAUUUAGCUUA